CACCAUUAGACCAGGUAUCAGGUCCGACAACGUAUUCACGCCUAUUGAUUUCUGCUUCAAUGUGUGGUGGCACUACUGGCUAGGGAUUCGAUCAGACAAGAUUUAACAGUCGAUACAUGAGCCGGUUAUGAAGGCAGAACAGGGCCGGUUUUCCAAGCUUGAUUCGUCAUGAGCGUUCUACUCGAGACAUCGCUGGGAGAGAUUGUCAUAGACCUUCUCGUAGACAAUGCCCCCAAGUGCUGUGAAAACUUCUUGAAACUAUGCAAAGUCAAGUACUACAAUUUUUGUCCAAUUCACACGGUCCAGAAAGGCUUCUCUUGUCAGACGGGAGACCCGCUGGGGCCCGACUCUCCUGAUAGCGAUGGUGGAAGCUCGAUAUGGGGUCUGCUCUCUGGACCUUCGAAGAAAAGCUUCGUCGCCGACAUCGACCCGAAGUUGAAGCAUACACAGCGUGGCACGGUCAGUAUGGCCACAGUGCCGUCGUCCAAAGAUGCUGAUGAGCGACUCGCCGGCAGUCAAUUCAUCAUUACCCUGGGUGAAGAUAUCGACUAUCUUGAUGGCAAAGCUGCUCCCUUCGGCAUCGUUGUAGAAGGGUUCGACACUCUCGAAAAGAUCAAUGAUGCUUUCACAGACUCCAAUGGCAGGCCUCUAAAGGAUAUACGCAUUCGACAUACGAUCAUCCUUGAAGACCCGUAUGAUGAUCCACCAGGCUUGGCUGUUCCAGACGAAAGUCCUGCUCCCACAAAAGCGCAGCUCGCUACCAUUCGGAUUGCCGACGACGAGGAACUGAGUGAGGACAUGGAUGAGGCGGCCAUGGAAAACUUACGGAGAGAACGUGAAGCACGAGCUCAGGCGCUGACUCUGGAAAUGGUAGGAGACCUACCUUUUGCGGAGGUCAAACCUCCUGAAAAUGUCCUGUUUGUUUGCAAGCUGAAUCCGGUUACGCAUGAUGAAGACCUGGAGUUGAUCUUCAGUCGUUUUGGGAAGAUACUUUCGUGCGAAGUCAUCAGAGACAAACGCACUGGAGAUAGCCUCCAGUACGCGUUCAUUGAGUUUGAGAACCAGAAGGACUGUGAACAAGCAUACUUCAAAAUGCAAGGCGUCCUGAUCGAUGACCAUCGCAUUCAUGUGGACUUUUCACAAAGCGUAUCCAAGCUCUCAGAUGUGUGGAGAGAUGCUACGAAUUCGAAGAGAGCAAACCAAUCGGGCGGAUUUGGUGGCAUUGCCAGCCUGGAAAAGAAGCGGCAUUAUCGAGAGCAAACUGGGGCGAAUCGAGAUGGACGAGACUAUCGAAUGGUCUUUGACAAGGACGAUAUCCGUCGGAAAAGAGAUGCCCGCCAUUCUAGGAGCCAAAGUCCACAAUAUGCUCGAGGAGAAACAUCAAGGGACAAUGACAGGAGGUACCGGGACGACCGGGGGACCAGAGAGAGGGACAGGUAUGAUGAUAGAGACCGAGAUCGCGAGAGAAUGUACAAGAAGUCGGAUCGAGACAGAGAUGGAGAUAGGGACAGGAACCGGGAUAGAAGUGGGCUAGAUGCACCCCGGUCGGGUCGCUGGCGGGACGGGCGCAGAUGAACUUCCCACCGAUUUGUACUUGUGAUGUGUAUAACAUAGCUUAGUGAUACCAGAAAAGUCACUCGAUGUCCCUCGAGUAGUACCGUG